UCGCAACCUUGUUUCAGACCAUUUUUCUCUCCCCCAGCACCCAAAAGGUCUUAUUAUUAUUUACUCCCUCUCUCUCUCUCCUUAUAAGUUAUAACCCAUCAUCUUCUCUGAUUCUCUCUAUAUCUAUCUUUCUCUCCCUCCCAAAAAACCCACUUGAAGUUUAGCUCCCUAUAGCUUAAAAACCCAAAUGGCUCUGCAUGCAUUGGGUUUCUAGUUUUCUCUUAUCUCUGUAAUUUCAUCACUCCGAUCCCCUUCCGUGCCAACUACAAGGCCCAGUAACCUCCAAGUGAAACUUGCCUUCCGCUUCGUGAUUAUCGUAAACCCCAGAUGAGAUUACAGUCUCUGUAACCGUUGAGUCAGUUCCAGUUUUUUAGGUGAGAUUUAUUGCGAGCUGACGAAAGAAAACCGAAACGCCCCAUUUCUAGUUUGAAUUUAAAAGAAAUGGCUCCGGCGACUAAUUGGCUAUCCUUCUCCUUAAUGUCCCCCAUGGAAAUGCUAAGGUCCUCCUCCGAGUCUGAGUCUCCCUUCGCUCAGGCUUACGAUACCUCCGCUGUUACUGCUCCCUCUCCUCAUUACUACCUCGACCACUUGUACGCUAACGGGUGGGCGAACCCGAAAUCCGAAGUGUUCUACACGGAAGGUGAGGAAGACCAGCAAACCAAACAGACCCACUCCGAUUCGCUUGCGAGCUUCAUCGACCCACAAACCCAGAACCAGCCGAUUCCCAAGCUCGAGGACUUUCUCGGUGACUCCAUGGUGCGCUACGCCGAUAGCCAAACGGAGACGCAGGACUCGUCGCUGACCCAAAUCUACGACCAGGGCUCGGCCUACUUUGGUGACCACCACCAGAACCAGGAUCUCAAGGCGAUUACUGGGUUCCAAGCCUUUUCGGCUAACUCGGGCUCCGAGGUCGAGGACUCGGCCUCCAUGGCCAGGACUCAGCUCGCUUGCGCCGAGUUUACGGGUCACUCGGUUGAGUCGAUUGGGAACGAGUUGGGUUUCUCGAGCUGUGGUGCUACCGCUACCAACACAAGCAAUGCUUUGUCUCUUGGGGUCACUAAUACUAAUACUAAUACUCAGACCUCGAAUCGUGAAAAGGCCAUUGUUGCGGUGGACACUGAUAGCACUAAGAAAAUAUCUGAUACUUUUGGGCAGAGGACUUCAAUUUACAGAGGAGUUACUAGACAUCGUUGGACGGGUAGAUAUGAAGCGCAUCUCUGGGAUAACAGCUGUAGAAGAGAGGGUCAGGCCAGGAAAGGACGUCAAGUUUACUUGGGUGGAUAUGACAUGGAAGAUAAGGCAGCAAGGGCUUAUGAUUUGGCUGCUCUGAAAUACUGGGGACCUACUGCGACUACCAACUUUCCUGUUUCAACUUACAGCAAAGAACUGGAAGACAUGAAACUUGUGACCAAGCAAGAAUUCAUUGCUUCCCUCAGAAGGAAAAGUAGUGGUUUUUCAAGGGGAGCUUCUAUGUACCGAGGUGUAACAAGGCAUCAUCAACAGGGGCGCUGGCAAGCAAGAAUAGGCCGUGUUGCUGGGAACAAAGACCUUUACCUAGGGACAUUUGCUACUGAAGAGGAAGCAGCAGAGGCCUAUGACAUAGCAGCCAUAAAGUUUAGGGGCAUCAAUGCAGUAACAAAUUUCGAGAUGAAUCGAUAUGAUGUUGAAGCUAUUGGCAAGAGUUCUCUUCCUGUUGGUGGUUCAGCAAAGCGCUUAAAGAUCUCUCUUGAAUCGGAAGAGCAGAAACCAUCUGUGACCAACCAUGAUCAGCAGCAGCAGAAUUCUCAGUGCAGCAGUGGCAGCAACAGCAACAACAUCAAUUUUGCUAAUUCCAUGGCGCAACCAAUUCAGACCAUCCCGUGUGGAAUUCCAUAUGAUCAUGCUGCAGCACUUUAUCAUCACAACCUUCUCCAACAGUUCCAAUCUUAUAACUACUAUGGCAUUACGGAUUCUUCAGCAGGAUCGCACCCUAACAUUGCAACAAGUCAGAUGACAAUGGCGAUGAUGCCCCAGCAGCAGCAGCAGCAGCAGCAGCCAGCUGAGUUCUUUCUCUGGCCUCAGUACCAAACCCAUCAUUCAUAGGGACUAAAAAUGUUGUGGUUUUGUUUCUCCCAUAAUGUUUUGAUAGCCGCUAACAUUAUCCGGCUGACCCAACAUCUGACCCUCACUCCAAUCCACCUCUUGACCUUAUAAUUAGGACUAGGAGUAGGGAAAUCAAGGCAAGUAGGUUUUUUGUUUGGAGGCUAAAGUUAUGGAUAGAGUAGGAAGGAAGCUGGAUUUUGUAUUUAAGGUGGGAAACUUGGAAUGGCGUAUCCAUUUACUUUUAAGAAAUUUUCUUUUGGUUCA